AGCCUCGAGUCGGAGUGGCACCGAUGUUUAGCGAAAUCGCUAAACUCGCCAGCUCAAUAGAGCUCGGGGUAUACGAUAGCAGCAGAGGAGAUGGAGCCAUCUCCCAUGAUGAGUGGAAGCGGGUAGCGGCUGCUAUCUCCGCUGUGUUCAUGAAGGUGGUCAGGGGAAGCCCUGGACCACCCCCUAGAUGUGAGAGUGCCGGGUGGAACCUCGGCUUACACAAGCUUAUAAGGUGUGCCGACGAACGGUCGGCAUUCCUUUAUAAGGAGGCGGUAGCCAGGGGGGGGGAAGUAUGGAAGGGAGCAAGGCUCGAGGCGGUGGCUAAAUCGGAUCUUCCGAUGUGACCUCGUCCUCGUGUCUGGCUUCCGGCCGAGCCCUCUACCCCGACCGAAAUUGAGGAGAUAUUGCGGUACUGCAAUCCAUCUCUUCCCACCCAAGAUUGAAAGGUGGUUAGGCUGGAAAGGACCGAGGAACCAUAUCGGCGUGCGCUGAUACUCCUAAACAAGGAGUCCCUCGCUCCUCUCAGCAUUGCAAAGGGGGUCAUAAGCUAUGGCUUCGAGAGGGUCGUAAUUAGGAUUCUCCCAACUGAAGCCAGGGCUGAUGGCCCGUUGCCACCAGCUGAGGUGGAAGAGAGUGGGAGAGCGAGCCACUCUAAAAUGGACAUCGACCCCAUCCUCUCGAAUAUGGUGAGCAUGGAGGGCGGAUCGUCAGGCGAUGAUGGAUCCAUCUUCAGUCUCGAGUGCCUGUUCGAGGAUGCUGGGGUCGAUAGUACGGAUGAUGGUGCGCAACUCGCACUGCUGGAGAGGAGUUUGGAGGAUGAGGAUCCUCCAAAUUAACCUCCAGCACUCAAAGGCGGCCUCCGCAGAUCUAGUGCUUCGUCUAGGACGGGACAAGCCGACGUUGUCCUUAUCCAGGAGCCGUGGCCGAGCAGAAACGGUAUCUCUGGUCUAAGGACAAAAAGCCACAAGCCCCUGGCGGCAAACAGUACAGGUAGAACCAGAGCCUGCUUGUUGAUCAGGAACGAACUUAACGUUUUUCUUUUGCCUAAUUUCAGCAAUGAGGUUGUCGUCGCUGCUAGACUGGAGGACAGUGCUGGAGAACUCUGCCGUACCUGCUGAGAAGAGCUCUGGCAGAGGCCAGGCGCAAAGAGGACGGAGUUUUAAUAGGCUCGGAUGUUAAUUCAAGGCACACCGUCUGGGGGAGCUCGGACAUUAACGCAAGAGUUGAGUCACUUUUUGAUUUUAUUUGUAGUGUAGAUCUUUCUAUAUGUAAUAGGGGGAACAGACCUACCUUUGUGACUGCUAGCAGGACGGAAGUCCUUGACGUUACGCUAGCCUCUAGGGAAAUUGCUCCCUUGAUUUCGGAAUGGAGGGUUCUAGACGACCAUUCAUUCUCGGAUCAUAAAUAUAUUGGUUUCAACUUAAAAGCCUCACGCCCGGCUCUUCCAACCGCACCCGACAGGGAUUCGAUCCUAUCGGCGGAUGCGGUCGAUGAGCUGGUCGAGAUUUUCAGCUCUGUUAGUAGAACUACUCUUGACAGCUCCUGUCCUCUGAGAAUUCAGAAAA